GCUCAGGCGCCAUUCCCGCGAAAUUUUCAAGAGGAAAAAAUGGCUGGAAUCAUGGGCGAAUACGACGAGGCAACGCCUUUGAAGUCUAGAUAUUGUACCAGGAGACUUACUGAGGAAGAAUACGAGGAAGAAACCUCUGAUUAUACACAGGAAUCUCUUAAGCAGUUGCUCCAGUUCAUGGACAAUAACCCAGAGCAGUACGAGAGGAUCGUUAAGAAACGUAAAAAGGAGGAAGCCGAAAACACCGGGAUAUUGUCGUACAUUAAAGUUAAAAUGUUGAGUUACAUUGGUGGCGAUGAUUGGGGCUAUUCCUCCCCAUCCAAAGACGAGAUGAGGAAAGAAAUGGGAAAAAUGAAGCAGGACAUGUUAACUGUAUUUAACUAUUCACAGGAAGGACGACGCUCUUCUGCCAGACUAGCUGAAAAGAGACGGAGGGCAGCAGCUGAUUCUAGAAUGCCAACAAAAUUAUCUUUCUCUCCCGCUUUUUCUCCUCGUGUUGUCCCUCCUCCACCUCCCCCACCACCUCCUCCCCCUCCUCCUCCUCCACCUCCCCCUCCUGUCGCUGGUAUACCCAAAUAUGCCCCAUCACGUGCAUCACCACUGACUAGGCGAUGCUUAAGCAAUAAAGCAAAGUCUUUAAAAACUGGGCAACCUCCUGUAGCAAAAGCUCAAGAUCCUCAGUCGAUGCUAAUAGCGCAGUUAGCAGCUGGGUCUGUGCUACGGAAACGAUUAAAAAGAACGGAUGAGAACAGGUCGCCAGGUGGCACUCCAGCUAGAGGAUGGAAGAAACCUCAUCAACCUGAAAUGCAGCCUUUCUUUAACUCUAAACUACUUGAAAAGUUUAAGAACACUCGUAGCCCAACCCCAAAUAGUCCUAACACUUCGCAGAACUUUGACAGUCCAAAAUAAUUAUAAUUCAACUAUUCUUAUUCUUAUUAUUAUUAUUAUU